CUUCACGCUCCAGUGUUGUGUUCCAGUUUUCUUGAUCCGAACACUGUGGCCGCUAGCGCCUACUUUCUGGUCCGAAUGUUAGACUUACGAAUGUCUCCGGAACAACAGUCACGCUGCCUAGCGGUGCGUCAUCAGAAAGCAAUUUUGUGCAUGGAUGCACCUAACGAGCGCCGAAUGUUCGCGUCCGAUUGUGCCGAUAGAAAUUUGGCCGAACUCCGUGCUGGCGGAGAUCAGUUGCUUUCCACUUAUGCUUCAUACUCCAGCCUUUCCUCAAUCAGCAAUUCCGAUCCGGGAUACGAUCAAGACGUGAUGGAUCCGAACGUGCUUCUCACUAGUUUAGAAUCAGUGUCCAACAUCGCACAGCCCACCGAUUCUCAAGUGAUAAUAGAUCUCAGUUCUGGUGAUCAGGUGAACGCAUUAAAUGCGAUCCAGUCGGAUCCGAACAUGGAUGGGUCCGGCACAACUCGUUCACCCUCUCAGGAUUCUCCAGGUCAGAAUAAUAUGCUUCUGUACACCGGCAGUGAUGAUCAUUUUCUGCACGGAUGGGAUUUACGGUUUCCUUCAAAACCUGUGGUAAAACACCAGUUUCAGAACUAUCCGAGAAAGAUGUCGUUGAUGGAUAACAGUGAACUCUGGGUCGCCGAACCACCGGGUCGUAUUCACGUAUUUGACAUUCGUCACGGUGCACUCGAUUGCGUUUAUGUAAGUCUCGUGAACUGA